AUGCCUGGUGUACCAUCGGGACGUGGAUGCGAAGCGUGUCGUAAACAGAAGAAGAAGUGUGAUCAACUCCAGCCCUCGUGUUCACGCUGUAUACGACUGUCAAUUCCCUGCAUAGGUAGUGGAAUCAGGCGCUACAAAUUUAUAUCUGGUGCCAUCGACUCCACCGUAAAACCUAUUUCCACAACCGCGAAUCACAACAACGACAACACACUCCACACUACUCGUAAACAAAUAUUUCGAAUGCCCGGUAACAAAACUAUUUCCGUGGCAGGAUCAUUCAUAUCCGUUCUGGAAGUAAAAGAUAUUCGCUACGAUAUCGGUGUCUAUGGAGCAUUUCUCACAGAGAUUCCUAAGCGGCUGGGGAGUAGCGCCGCGCUAGAUGCUUCGGUUAAUGCUAUUUCGACGUCAUAUAAAUCGAUAUAUUCACGAACGAAACCAGUAGAGGCGCUAGAGAGUUAUGGGAGGGGGUUAAAGGCGCUAAGGGUUGCAUUGAAUGAUCCGAAAGAGGCUGUUGAAGCGAACACUAUUUCUGCAGCGCAAAAUUGGCAAGGCGCCUUUGAAGCAGAACUUUUAGUAACCUUGUGUGUUCCUCUGAUUAUGGAAGGCAUCCGAAACCCCAGGGUGAAGUGGACCCCAGUCAUAGGAAAACUAACCGAAGCUCGAGAUAACGCCAUUGGGAUCGAAAGCCUCAAGCUCCAAACCCUAGCCAAAGUCCCAGAAUACUUGAGAUAUCCAGAAGAAUAUCUUCCCGAAAUUAAAUCCACAUAUGCUCAAAUGAAAAUUGACCUCUCAACCAUGCGGAAUUCCCUAGACAAACUCCGUCAAGCCCCACAUACCAGAACACUACAUUCACGCUUCCAAGCCGCGUAUAGUCUGAUACUUUCAUUUGCCAACUUGCUGAACAGCUUACUUCGUGUAUCUUCGGACGAUCAUACAUCUUUAAUUCCGGAAUCGGUAUGCUUUGUUGAGGAAACCAUCGUUCUUGCCGAAGACGCACUUGAGUAUCGACCAUUAGGAUCGAGUGCUAUGCCAAUGGUCCUUACAACUGCUUGGGUGGCGACGAGUGACAUAUCUCGGAGAAUAAGAAUAGAGAAGCUGUUGACAGAAUACCAAUCCGAUUUCGCAAUUAUGAAUUGGAUGGAAGUCGCGUUGUGGCUGGAAGAAAGGUUGAGAGAUAUCCACUUCUCAUUGAAGGGUCUUGGUGUUGCGGCGCCGUUGAUAGUCACUUGA